UGAUAGCUCCGUGUUCCGGUUGGUCUCUGUAUACAAAACAAACGAACUACGCUCCUCGACUGGUGACGCAAAUUUCCCGCCCUCACUUCUGCCUUCCUGUGUGUGCCGAAAGUCAACCAAAUAGUAUUUUCACAGAGAUUUUUUACUUUGAUAUAUUUAUAUUCUUUAGACGUGUUUCAGUGGCUAAAAAUGCCUUCCACACAUGACUGGAUUAACAACCCUCUCGGUGUUGUUGAAGGGAUGUUUGCCGCUUCCCAGAACAAUCCAAACGCUGGAUGGGAGGCAAAGGCAGUGGAAUUCUUUAAAGAUCAUCUGAAAGAGAAGGAUGCUCAUACCUGGGUCCCAUCUUUGAACGACGUCCCUCUGCAUUACCUGAAGCCCAACAGCCUGGUCAAGUUUCGUUGCUUGAUCCAAGACAUGUUCGAUCCAGAGUUCUACAUGGGAGUGUAUGAGGCUGUUGAUCCACCUACAAAAGCUAAAGUGUUGCGAUGUGGGAAGUACAAAGAUGUGACAGAAUGUGGGGUGGAUUUUGACUCCAGAAACACUGUGACAGCAGAGAGACAGACCUUCUACUGUGUGCCAAUCCCUGGAGAAAAUCCCUGGGUGAAAGAGAGCUAUGCCGGCUCCAGCCAAGCAAGAGUAGUUCCUUCCACCUCGUACGCACCAACUAGACAGAAACGUAGCUACGAGGAAGACGACGACGUGGACGACAUGGACACACAGCCGCAGAUGCAGAGGGAGCCGCGUACUGGUCCUCAGAGUCCCACAGAACAGCGGGGCAAUGGUGACUGUAAGCGGCGGGAGACGGAAGCUCCUUCCAGCCAGACAGCAUCUGCCUCCCAUCUUGACCUCAACUUCCCCCUACCAGGAGAGAAAGGCCCCUCCUGCUUGGUCAAGGUGUACGAGAACUGGGACGGCUUCAAACUGAACGACACACUAGAGGUCUUUGGGAUCCUCUCCGUCAGCCCUGCUCUCAGUGCUCUGGCCGACAAGAAAGACUCCUCCUCAUCCCUCCUGGACCCUACAGAGUGCAUGGAGACGGCAGAGGAGCAGCGAGUGCACAGCCCGCCAGCCUCGCUCGUUCCUCGCCUCCACAUGCUCUUUGCCAAGCCACUGCCACACAACAACCCCCUGCUGCCCUGCGCCACUUUGGAGGACAACAGUGCCUUUUUAUCUUCCACCCUGAGCGAGAUGGCCUCUGUCAGAGCAGAGCUGCUCACAUACUUCACUCCCAUUCUUCUGGGAGAUGCCCUGGCUGCUGAGUACCUUAUUCUGCACCUCAUUUCUAACGUGUACUCCAGACGCGACAUUCUCCCACUGGGCAAGUUCACCUUAAACCUGAGUGGCUGUCCUACGGUCGCCUCGUACACUGAACGCUUCUACCAGAUCAUUCAGCAGCUCGUGCCCUCUUCGUACUAUCUAAGUAUGAGCCUCCAGAAUAUGAACCAGAUGCGCUUUGUGCCAAAGAAGGACUACUCGGCCAACCGGCUAGUGAGUGGAGCCCUGCAGCUGGCCAGAAACACCUCCCUCUUCCUGGAUGAAACCCAGCUGGAGCAGGGACAGCUGGACACAACAGGAUUAAGAUGCAUUAAGCUUUUGUGCAAAGUUCUUCCCUGGUCCAGUGUUUAUAUUUCUUUCUCUGUAACUCCACAGUCAGACUGCCGGAUACACCUGCAGUCUCAGAUCACCCCACCCCACAUGGAGGAGUAUCUCAACAGCAUCCACAUGCAUCCACAUGCUUCACAGCUGAACAAGUUCAGAAUGUACCUGAGCGUGGCUCGGCUGCUCAACUACAGCAUCUCUGAUGAAGUGACAAAGUCAGUUGAGGAUGACUUUGUAGAUAUGAGGAAGGACGACCCCCAGAGCAUAUCUGCUGAGGAUCUUCACAGGAUGCUCGUUGUGGCGAGGUUGCUGUCUCUGAGCCUGGGCCAGACGUCUCUGUCCAGAGACAGCUGGCUGAGAGCCAAACACAUGGAGCUGCUGCGGAGGAGCCGGAUGGAGCAGCACACGUGUGUCAACGGCAACGAGCCGUGAUUACACAAACAAGAUGACUUUUGUUUUUCUUUUUGAUACCCACAAAUUGUAAUAAAGAUGCUUUUCGUAUGUCC